UCCCCUUCCCGGAGCCCCCGCCCAAGAUGGCGGACCUCCACCGCCAACUGCAGGAGUAUCUGGCGCAGGGGAAAGCGGGCGGGCCGGCAGCCGCCGAGCCGCUCCUCGACGCGGGAGAGGCAGAGGAGCCCACGGCCAGGGCCGGGCCGGCGGGGGCGUGGCUCGGCCGCGCGGGCCUGCGCUGGACGUGGGCGCGGAGCUCCGCGGAGCCGACGACGGCGGCGGGACCGACGUGCAUGCCGAGCGUGACGCGCGCUCAGCGGCUGGCGGCGAGCGGCGUGUGCCUGCUGCUGGCCGCGCUCUGCUUCGGCCUGGCCGCACUCUACGCCCCAGUGUUGCUGUUGCGCGCCCGCAAGUUCGCGCUGCUGUGGUCGCUGGGCUCGGCGCUGGCGCUAGCGGGCGGCACGCUGCUGCGAGGCGGUGCGGCGUGCGGACGCCUGCUGCGCGGCGAGGAGGCGCCGUCGCGGCCCGCGCUGCUCUACGUGGCCGCGCUGGGCGCUACGCUGUACGCGGCGCUGGGUCUGCGUAGCACGUUGCUCACGGCGCUGGGCGCCUGCGCGCAGGUGGCUGCGCUGCUCGCCGUGCUGUUGGGUUUGCUGCCCCGCGGCGCGGGCACCGCGCUGCGCAUGGCGCUUCGGCGCCUGGGCCCGGGCGCCACCCUCGCCAAGGCGCUCCCCGUGUGAGAGGCCUGGGGCCCGCGCCGUCGGAAAGGACGCAGAGUCCGCCCCCGGGACGCGCCGUCGGGAGACCACACGGAGCCGGCCCAGGGGCCCAGCGCUCGCCAUGCCAAGGACUCUGCCCGCCGUUCCCAGAGCGCGCGGGGCAAAGGCUGCUCCUUUACUGUGCCAGCGAAAUCUGUAAACUGAGCAGCAGUUGUAAAACUGAGACAUGAGCUGUUUCGGAAGCUCCUCAAGUUCAGCGUUUUGUGCUAUACUCAGCAUCAAGUGCUAUGAGAACUAAAUUUUGUCCUUGAGUUGGUGACAUACUGUGAAGCAUUUAUGAUAAAUUGCUUUUGCGUUAACCGCGGUCUUAGUUUACACUCAGUUGAAAAAGAACACUAGCUCUUCCGUUUUAAUUAACUGCCCUUAUUACUUUUCUCAGACUUCUGUUCCACGUUUUGUCACUUUAAAAAAUCCAGUGGUAGACUGUAGUAGCUUAGCUACAGUAAACUUGUUCUCUUCGGCUCUUGGAAAUUAUUUUUCCGUAUUCUUCAAUGUGAGUGGAUCCAUAAGGGUUAUUAAAAUAAAUACUGACUUUAGCCA